GGACAGCAGCAGGAGGCAAAGGACACAUGAAGCAACAGACGACGACACUUCUCCAGGCCUCGAUACCUUCAUGUCAAUCCAACACCUCACCUCCCCCCUCUCCGAAUUCCCACCCGUUCGCCACCACCGAUAAACUCAUCAAGGAUCCUCCUAUUGACCCCCUUCAAGACCUCCACAGAUGGCCUACUCCUUCGGAGGUGGUAGAGGAAAUGAGAGCCAUAGGGAAGAUAUCCAUACCGACAGCUUUAACAGGCCUAAUCAUCUACCUUCGUGCCAUGAUCUCCAUGCUGUUCCUCGGUUACCUCGGGGAGCUUGAGCUGGCGGGAGGCUCGCUCUCCAUCGGGUUCGCCAACAUCACGGGUUACUCGGUCCUCUCCGGCCUCGCCAUGGGCAUGGAGCCCAUCUGCGGCCAGGCCUUCGGCGCCAGGCAACGCAAGCUCCUCGGCCUCACCCUCCAGAGAACCGUUCUCCUCCUCCUGUGCACCUCGGUACCAAUCUCCCUGCUCUGGCUCAACAUGAGGAGGAUCCUGCUGUGGUGCGGCCAGGACGAGCAAAUAUCCUCCACCGCUCAGACCUUCAUUGCCUUCGCCAUCCCUGACCUCUUCUUCUUAUCGUUUCUGCACCCGAUGAGGAUCUAUCUGAGGUCACAGAACAUCACCUUUCCGGUCACCUACUGCUCGUUCGUCUCGGUCGUCCUUCAUGUGCCGCUGAACUAUAUUCUCGUGGUGCACUGGAAGAUGGGGGUCGCCGGGGUGGCCUUCGCAAUGGUGUGGACUAACCUGAAUCUCUUCAUCUGCCUGCUGCUGUUUAUACUGUUCUCGAGGGUGUACAAGGACUCCUGGGUCAGCCCCAGCAGCGACUGCCUCAGGGGGUGGUCGGAGCUGCUUAAGCUGGCCAUACCGACAUGCGUGUCGGUGUGUCUCGAGUGGUGGUGGUACGAACUCAUGAUAAUGAUGUGUGGCCUACUCCUCAAUCCCAAAGCUACGGUAGCUUCCAUGGGGAUCCUCAUCCAAACCACCUCGUUGGUGUACGUCUUCCCAUCCGCCUUGAGCCUCGGGGUGUCGACCCGGGUGGGGAACGAACUGGGGGGGAAUCGCCCCGCCAAAGCUCGGACGGCGACCAUCGUGUCGCUGGCCGCGGCCGUCCUGCUCGGCCUGGCGGCGAUGACCUUCACCACCUCGAUCAGGCACCGGUGGGGCAGGCUGUUCACCGACGACGCCGAGAUUCUGGAGCUGACCGCGGUGGCUCUGCCGAUCGCCGGGCUCUGCGAGCUGGGGAAUUGCCCGCAGACCACCGGCUGUGGGGUGCUGCGAGGGAGUGCGAGGCCGAGCACCGGCGCCAACAUCAACCUUGGCUCGUUCUACCUGGUGGGCGCCCCGGUCGCCAUCUUGUUGGGCUUCGUCAUGGGGAUGGGGUUCCCGGGGCUGUGGCUGGGGUUGCUGGCGGCGCAGGCAUCAUGCGCACUGCUCAUGGCCUUCGCCCUCUUCAACACAGAUUGGAUGGUGGAGGCUGAGAAAGCCAAAGCAUUAACAGAUUCUUCUUCUUCUUCUUCAUCUAUCAUUCCUAAGGCUGUCGGUAGCAGUGGCAUAACUACCGCUAACACGGCAGCUGCCACUGAAGAUUCAAAGCAGACAGCAGCGAUCUUGGAGGAGAUCGUGUGCAUCGGUGGCGACGAGAGGCGAGUCGUGGCAUCAGAAGCAGAUCCACUCAUAUCUCGAGUGGAGUGAGUAUGGUGGAUGUGAAUAUUUUUGGUGAAGCCUCAUGUACAAGUGAGACUACUUUGUUCCUUUGCCUCACCCCUUCGUUUUCUUUGUAUCUUUUGAUUCUAAUGUGGUGUACGGGUUGAGACCACACGUGGAAUGCACUCCCGCAUCUCUGCAUCA